GGACGACGCGCGGGGAGGACAGAGGUGGGGACACUGGGGUGGGCUUCCAAGCAUCGGGUCCGAGCCCAGCGACCAAGCUCCCUCCCCUGUCCCUGCGCCCUCCCCAAGACUCGCGCCGGGUCCCCAAGCCCCUCCCCCGCGCGCCCCGGGUCGCGGCCCCCACCCUUCGGCCCCGCGCCCCUUCUCCGAGCCCUGGCGGCGUCGAACCUGCGGGCAAAUCCCCCGCUCCCGCCGGAGCCCUCGCCUCCGCCUCGCCUACCCGGUGCCUCCGGCUUCUCCCACCCCAGCGCCGCGCCUCUCCUGCGGAGCCUGCCUCCUCCCGGUCCCCGUCCCCCAGCCCGCUCUUGCUCGGCCCCCGCACUCCUGCCGCCCGAUUCCAGCCGGAAUUCGAGCUCCCGGGAUCCCCUUUCCCGGUCAGUCCCGAACCCGCUCGUGUCCAGGACUGGCGCUCCGUGACGAGGUGAAGCCAUGAAGAGAAAAUAGAAGGAACAAGAAUGCUUUUCCGCAGUCGCUUCCUGCUGCUGCUGGCCCUGGCUGCGCUGCUGGCCUUCCUGAGUCUCAGCCUGCAGUUCUUCCACCUGAUCCCAGUGUCGGCAGCUAGGAAUGGAGCAAGCAGCAAGAGUCGAAAGAGGAUCAUGCCCGACCCGGUGACGGAGCCCCCCGUGACGGACCCUGUUUACGAAGCUCUCCUGUACUGCAACAUCCCAAGUGUGGCCGAGCGCAGCAUGGAAGGUCACGCCCCACAUCAUUUCAAGCUGGUCUCGGUGCAAGUGUUAAUUCGCCAUGGGGACAGAUACCCACUGUAUGCCAUUCCCAAAACAAAGCGGCCAGAAAUCGACUGCACUCUGGUGGCCAACAGGAAACCAUAUCACCCUAAACUGGAAGGUUUCGUGAGUCACAUGUCCAAGGGAUCGGGAUCCUCUUUCGAAAGCCCCUUGAACUCCAUGCCGCUUUACCCCAACCACGCUCUGUGUGAGAUGGGGGAGCUCACGCAGACAGGAAUCGUGCAGCAUUUGCAAAAUGGCCAGCUGCUGAGGGACAUCUACCUGAAGAAACACAAACUCCUGCCGAGCGACUGGUCCGCGGACCAGCUCUACCUGGAGACCACCGGGAGGAGCCGCACCCUCCAGAGUGGGCUGGCCCUGCUCUACGGCUUUCUCCCAGACUUUGACUGGAAGAAGAUUUAUUUCAGGCACCAGCCGAGUGUGCUCUUCUGUUCUGGGAACUGCUAUUGCCCUGUGAGAAACCAGUAUCUGGAAAAGGAGCAGCGUCGCCAGUACCUCCUGCGGCUGAAGAACAGCCAGCUGGAGCAGACCUACGGGGAGAUGGCCAGGAUCGUGGACAUCCCCACCAAGCAGCUCCGGGCCUCCAACCCCAUAGACUCCAUGCUUUGUCACUUCUGCCACAACGUCAGCUUCCCCUGCACCAGAAGCGGCUGCUUCGACAUGGAGCACUUCAAGGUGAUCAAGAUGCACCAGAUAGAGGACGAGAAAGAGAGGCGCGAGAAGAGGCUGUACCUUGGGUAUUCGCUGCUGGGAGCCCACCCCAUCCUGAAUCAAACCAUCGACCGGAUGCAGCGCGCUGCCGAGGGCAGGAAGGACGAGCUCUUUGCCCUCUACUCUGCCCACGACGUCACUCUCUCACCAGUUCUCAGUGCCUUGGGCCUUUCGGAAGCCAGGUUCCCGAGGUUUGCAGCCAGGCUGAUCUUUGAGCUCUGGCAAGACAGAGACAAGCCCAGUGAGCAUGCGGUCCGGAUUCUUUACAAUGGGGUCGACGUCACAUUCCAUACCUCCUUCUGCCAGGAUCACCACAAGCGUUCUUCCAAGCCCAUGUGUCCUCUUGAGAACUUGGUGCGCUUUGUCAAAAGGGACAUGUUUGUGGCCCUGGACAGCAGUAGUACUAAUUAUUAUGAUGCCUGUCACAGGGAAGGAGUCUAAGGGUACCCGGUACAACACGGUAGUACCUCUACUGAAACAGAGGGCUGGGCAGGGUUGGCUUCUGCUUCUGUCUGUUGCUAAAGGUACGAGAGUAUUGAUUUUUAAAGGUGAAAAAUUGCGUUUGGGAGCCACAGAGGUGGUUCGGACUGAACACGAAGCACACUGUCAUAAUCUGGUAUGUGAGUUACUUGGUACAGGAUGGCCAGUACACAAGAAAACAGAAGGUACUUGAUCAUAGCCAGACCGCUGAGAAGGCCAGAUGAAUACCCACUAUCCAAAGUUGCCAAUCAAAGUUUGUAUUCUUUUGGCCUGCCAUAGAACCAGCAAACCUUAGCCAAAAUUUUCUUAAUCUCGGACACUUUUACCUCGCCCUCAUUGAGUGAAAAAUUUCCAGAAGAGAUUUGUCUAAAACAGGGGUUGGCAGAUGUUUUUCCAUAAAGGGCCAGAGAGUAAAUAUAAUACACUGUGCAGAACAAAAGGCCACACUCCAUCUCUGUCACAGCCUCUCAGCUCUUCCCUAGCCACGUAAAAGCAACCACAGACAACCCAUAAAGAAGUGAGCGGAGUUCUGUGCACGGGCCACACAAAACAGGCGGUGGCCCACGGUGGCUCACAGGGUACACUGUGCUGACCCCUGGUUUAAAAAACAGGCUCUACUAUAAUUGCACUCUCAGCACUUUGAGAACCAAUUGAAUACCAAGAAUUAUUCAAUGGUUCCUCCUGUAACUUCUACUAGAAACACAGAAUCUGGUCCGACACUAACAAAACAUGAGGGGGGAGAAAGCAUCGAAUCCGAACAAAUCAUAGAGAAAUGGCUAGAACCAUACUUGAUGUUCAUGAUGAUUGUGGUACAAGAUAGUUUUAAGUAUGUUUGAAAUAUCUGUCUGCUGUAGUCUAUUUGCUGUGUAUGCUGAAAUUUUUGUAUUCCAUUUAGUAUUUUUAUAGUCUGGGAAAAUAUUUUCUAAGUCCCGUUUUAGACAUGCUCUUAUUCCUAUAGUAAUAUUCAAUUUGCUGUACCUUGGUGGUUGGAAGAAGGCCAGAAGCUGAAUUCAGACUUUUUUUUCCAAAAUGACUAAUGACGGCUCGUUCCUUUUGACAAGCCCUAGAACUGGAUCGAUUUUUAAACCAUUUUCGUCAAUUUCAAAUGGCAAAUUCCGAUUGAUUUUUAAAUACGUUUUUAGAACUUUGUUACUAGAUAAUUAAAUAAUCUUUUAAGGUAUUUUAUAUAUUAGGAGCAAUUACUAUUAAAUCUGUGAUUUUGAAUUAAUGGUGCUAGUUCUCUUCAAAGAAAUGUAAAGUCCAAGUGAGAUUCUCCAGUGGUUUGGUGGAAUUCCAGCCCCUUCUUGAUUUGUCCAAUGUUGCAUUUGAACACAUCUGUUUCUAUAAAUAAAUUUUUGAAGAAUACU